AAAGUUUGUUGUUGUUUCCAAGAUGGCGGCGCCCAUGGCCCGCGCUCUCCGGCGGCUCGGGGCCUCGGUCUCAGGGAGAGGCCGCGGGGGACCGCCCGGACUCCGGGCACUGGCCAGCGGCCCGAGGGCACAGGAGGAGCCCGGUGCGGGCGCCGGCUCUCACUCCAGGGGCUGCUGGGCCCUGGGCCUGGGCUCCGCGGCCGCGGCGCUGCUCCUGUGGCGGGCCCGGGAGCGGGAGCGGGGGCCGCGGGGGUCGGGGCCCCUCUCAGGCCUCUCCGGCCUCUCCCUCCCCCGGGUCCAGGCCGCUCGGCCCGUCCCCCCGGACAGUCCUCGGUUCAGGUUCAACUUUAUCGCCGACGUUGUGGAGAAAACAGGCCCCGCGGUGGUUUACAUCGAGAUCCUGGGGAGGCACCCGUUCAGUGGGCGGGAAAUGCCCAUUUCGAAUGGCUCUGGCUUUGCUGUGACGGAGGACGGGCUGAUUGUGACCAAUGCCCAUGUGGUGGCCAACAAGAGAAGGGUGCGGGUGAAGCUGGCCAACGGAGAGAUGUACGAAGCUUCUGUUCAGGCCAUUGACCAGGUCGCAGACAUUGCCACCAUCAAGAUCAACCCCAAGGCCCCUCUCCCAACCCUGCCGCUGGGUGUGUCCUCUGAGGUCAGACAUGGCGAGUUUGUUGUUGCUAUGGGCAGUCCCUUUGCCCUCCAGAACACGAUCACCUCUGGGAUUGUCAGCUCUGUGCAGCGAGGGAGUCAGGAGCUUGGAAUGGCUCAUUCGGACAUGGAAUAUAUUCAGACCGAUGCUUCCAUUGAUUUCGGAAAUUCUGGAGGCCCUCUGGUCAACUUGGAUGGUGAGGUGAUUGGAAUUAAUACCAUGAAGGUGACAGCAGGAAUCUCCUUCGCAAUUCCAUCAGACAGACUGCGGCAGUUCCUCGUACAAGCCAAACAGAAGUCCUGGUUUGGGUCUGAAGCGAAACAUCGUUACAUCGGCGUGCUGAUGCUGACCCUCACUCCUCAAAUCCUGAGGGAGCUGAAACUGCGAGAUCCCAGAUUCCCAAAUGUCUCCUAUGGCGUUUUAAUCCACAAAGUGAUCACUGGCUCUCCAGCGUAUCUAGCUGGAGUGAGGCCGGGCGACAUUGUCCUGGAGAUAAAUGGCUGUGUGGUGAAGACGGCAGAGGACGUUUACCGGGCGGUUCACCGGGAGAACUCCCUGACGGUGGUGGUGCGCAGAGGCAGCGAGGAACUCAUGAUCAAUAUUGUGCCCGAGGUCCCAGAGUGACCAGGAGGGGAGGGUCCGGGGAGUGAGGCUAAUGGGGUACGGAGCACACUCGGGACUCUGAGGUCACCCUGGAGCUGGACUGUGAAGGGUGAAGGAGGGUCGGCCUGUGUGUUGUUGGGGGGAGGGAGGG